GCAUUGGUGCUAGCGAGUGUUACAAAAUGCCAGUCAUGUAGUGAUGAACAAUGUCCCUCCAGUGACAUAAGCCCGACAGACACUGAAGGUGUUAUGUUACUAAUUCAAUUCGAUAACAAAGGGCGAGGCUUCUCAUUGGUUCGCUUUGUAUACUGCCGUCGUGCGAGGCGGUUAAUUUCAGUGUUUGAUUGACAGGCCUGUUUCCGCAAAGUAAACCGACCAUUCCUAUGCCCUUUGGUCGUUGUAUUCAAGUUUCGUUCCAAAACAACAACGUGAAGAACGCGCACCUUUCAGAUUUACUGAGCAAAUUUGACGGCAAACUAUGAGUUACAUCUAUAGAUUAUUCAUUUUGAGCCUCGCGCUUCACACUUCGCUAAUAAGCGACAAAAUGACGGAAGCAUCGUCAGUUGCGAAAAACGGAACCACUGCGAAGGAACAUGACAGUGAAAUCUUCAGUCGCCAUUCUAUCCCUCGCCGAAUGAGAACUCAUCAGCGUCACAGCCAUCACUCUUCGCGAAAAAAGAGAGAAAAAACUACGGAGACCACAUCGGUCCUUAAAAACGGCAGCACUUCGGGAACGCUUCAACGCGAAAUUCUGAAUCUCCUUGGUUUGCCCCGUCGGCCGCAGCUAAGCCUAAAUACUCGUCUACAUGGCCGAAAAAUGUCUGCUCCAAGGUAUAUGAUUGACCUAUACCACAGCUUAGAAAGCAACGUGAGCUUGUCGACCGACGGUUUGUUCUGCUGCAAUGACUCUGUGACAGAUUCCCGAGCGUUGGGUGCUGACACAAUUAUGAGCUAUCUUAACCACGUCAGGGGAGCGCGGCCAAAAAUUUCCAAGAGGCAUUCUACAUUUCGUUUCAAAAUGGAAACUCCACAGGGAGAAAAGAUCACAGCAGCAGAGUUUCGGAUUUAUAAAGAACCGAUUUCCAAUGGACACAGAGUUGUCUCCUGGGAGAAUUCGACAUACGAAGUGAAAAUUUAUCAGGUUAUUGAGCCUGCAAGAAUUCUCAAGGAACUGGGCAAGCGGGUUCUUCGAAGCUGGGAAUCUGGAUGGCAGGCUUUUGACAUCACACGAGCAGGACAGGAGUGGGCUCAAGAAAUCAACAAGAACUAUGGAAUUGAACUCUCUGUACACACGUACGCAGGGGUGGAACUAAACGCCUCAAGCGUUGGCUUUGUGGGCUUCCAUGGCCCACAGGAGAAGCGUCCGUUUUUGGUAUCAUUCUACCGUCAAGAUGGCGAACAGAAACUGACCUAUCAUCGUAUUUUCAAUCCGCAUCCACGCCGGCGCCGCUCAGCCCGCUCCCUUGGACCGCAGUUCACAAACGUAGGAGGGAACUUCAAGACCUCGAGUCAAACAAGCUGCAGCCGGAGGAUGCUGUACGUCAGUUUCCAGCGGCUUGGUUGGCAAGACUGGAUUAUUGCGCCUGAGGGUUACUCGGCGUUUUUCUGUUACGGUGAAUGCUCGUUUCCUUUAAGCGCUCAUAUGAACGCCACCAAUCAUGCCAUUGUUCAAACGCUGGUACAUCUCAUGAAUCCUACAGUUGUACCUCAGCCCUGUUGUUCUCCCACCAAACUCUCCGCCAUCUCGGUCCUGUACUUUGAUGACAGUAAUAACGUAGUACUUAAAAAGUACACGAACAUGGUCGUGAAAGCUUGCGGUUGCCACUAGCAACGCCAACACGAAUUCUUUAAUCUCACGUUAGCUUGUGCUCUAUGUAACCGUCUCUCAACGUUUUUGCAUGUUUUGACACAGGAAGCGGAGAGCGGGCAAUUGAAGAAAGCUAAAUUUCCAAUUGACACGCGUUUGAGCAAACACAUUGGGAUACCAUAGCCCUUUACAUAACUCUUCUCGCAAAUACAUAUCACUAAUAUAUUGUGGAUGGCCGACGUGUGAGAUAUGAACCUCGUUGCUUAAACUAUAACAUAACUGCCAUAUUAACCCUUUCAUUACGCUCGAUUUCCGCCGUUAUCUUGAGUGCGGACUGCGAUCAGGUGUAUAAGCGCAUUCCUCGGACAAGGGCCGUUUAUCGAUUCUAUCCCUAUCACUCUCUGAAGCUGAGCACAAAUUUUUUUCCCAGGGUCCUUUCUCUUAUUCCCUCGACAGAGAGGACCCUGAGAAAGAGAUUAGAGUGAGAAUUUGAUGAUCAAAUUAUACACUAUACUUUUUAUCAGUUUACAUCACCUAUAAACCACGCAGGAUAUUCAUGGAACAUGACAAAAGUUUUCACAAGCAUUUGAAAUGUUCCUCCAACAUCCAAGAUACUUAAUUCUGCCGGCAAGCCGAUUGACGGUACAGUCUAUUACCUUUGUAAAGUAACUACAAAAUAUUUCAGUUUUCCAUGGGUUCUCCAAUAAAUGAUAGGUUUUUGACCAAU